AUGUCAGGAUCUGCUGGUUUCGAUAGACAUAUUACCAUCUUCUCCCCAGAGGGAAGAUUGUAUCAAGUCGAAUACGCCUUCAAGGCAAUCAACUCAGCCAAUAUCACAUCAAUUGCCGUAUCCGGAAAGGACUCGGCUGUUUUAAUUUCUCAGAAGAAGAUCCCGGAUAAGCUUUUGGACCCAAAGACUGUAUCAUAUAUUUUCAAAAUCACCCCCAGCAUUGGGCUUGUAGCCACUGGUUCCAUUGCGGAUGCCAGAUCUCAAGCUCUCAGAGCCAGAGCUGAAGCCGCCGAGUUUAGAUACAAGUAUGGCUAUGAAAUGCCUGUAGAAGCAAUUGCUAAGAGAAUGGCCAACAUCUCCCAAUUGUAUACCCAAAGAGCUUACAUGAGACCCUUAGGUGUGGCAUUGACGUUCUGUCAAGUAGAAGUCGAAGAUACUGACAAGUUGGGACCUCAUAUUUUCAAGUGUGACCCAGCUGGAUAUUACACUGGAGUGAAGGCUGUAGCCACUGGACCAAAGCAGCAAGAAGCUACCACAUACUUAGAAAGAAAGUUCAAGAAAAUAGAUUACGUUAAGGGAGACUGGAAAGAGACCGUUGAAUUUGCCAUAAGCUCGUUGCUGAGUGUACUUGGAUCCGACUUCAGGAAGAACGAUAUCGAAAUUGGGGUUGCCACUAAAGAUGGUUUCAAGAUUUUGACUCCAGAUGAGAUCGACGAGAGGUUGAUUGCCAUUGCUGAACAAGAUUAA